CACAACAUGGUGGUAACAUUGACUGACGAUUCUCCAGUGACUAGAUGAGCCAGGAACUCUGUUUUUCUGAGAUGCGUUUGACGUCGGAGCGCUAAUCUUGUAGUUCCUAAGUCCGGACAUUGUCACGUGUGUUUUGAAGAGUUGAUACGAAAGGAACGUGUGCUUCGCAUGGUUUUCACCGAAGUUUAAGCCAGAGGUUUACUGAUAUCCGUCGCUACGUGCAGACGUUGUUUUUAACGGUAAACGGCAUUAGCUUAACCGAGCGUAACGGCCAGCCCGGUCCUAUUUAAGCGUGAAGGUUUAAUCGGUUUUGGUUGGUUUUAUCAGGGUGCUAUUAAUUUAUUCCGCAUGUUUGCUGCCUGAGAAGGGUCCACAGUAAAGAAGACACGAAGAGAAGCUUAUCAUUAUGGUGUUCUUCACCUGCAACGCGUGUGGCGAAUCCUUAAAAAAAGCCCAAGUCGAUAAACAUGUCAUGAAGUGCCGUGGGUGCCAAGUUCUGUCUUGUAUCGACUGCGGAAAAGACUUUUGGGGUGAGGACUACAAAAACCACACUAAAUGUAUCAGCGAGGACCAGAAAUACGGUGGGAAAGGUUACGAGGUCAAGGCGAAUAAAGGAGAUGUGAAACAGCAGCAGUGGUUACAGAGAAUCAAUGAAGCCAUGAACAAACCCGGGGUCAGCGCUAAGCUGAGAGAUGUGCUCUACCAAGUUAGCGGUUAUGAAAACGUGCCGAGGAAAAAGGCAAAGUUUCAGAACUGGAUGAGAAGCAGUUUAAAAAUAUCAAACACGGGGGUACAGGAGGAGGUGUGGGACAUAAUUGCUGCUGCAGACAGUGCUCCUCCGGCCACACAGACAACCAAAGAAUCUGCAGACAAGGAGGCUGACAUCCGAGUGGACACCAACAGAACCGAGGACCAAAAAGAGCAGUCGAACACUGAAGAGGAGAAGAAGAAGAAGCUGAACAAAAGGGAGCGCAAAGAGGCCCGUCAGCAAAAGAAUGGAAAAGCUCCCAAAAGAGAUGAAAAUAAAACUGCAGAAGGAGAAACUAAGAAAUGCCAGACAGGCAAACAGAAAAAAAAGGAUAGAAAGAGAAAAUACGAGGGAGAUGAAGACCAGACUGAGAACGGCGUUGAAGAAGACUCCAAGAAAACCAAGAUUGAUGAAGCUGCAGAGUCAGAGGAGACUGAAGAUCAAGCCAUGUCUCAGGGAAAAUUCAACUGGAAGGGAAACAUCAAGGCAGUGCUGAGAGAGUCACCUGACCAGGAGCUGUCAGUGAAAAGACUCAGAAAGAAGGUUUUGGCAGCCUACUACUCUUUCGCUGGUGACAUAAAUUUCAAAACGGAAGAUGAGCUGUUGGCAGUUUUCAACAAAAAGAUCACCAAAAACCCCAAGUUUAGAGUUCUAAAAGACAGAGUGAAGCUUUUGAAGUAGACUCCUCCUUUAACGGCACGUUCUCCAUGAAAUGAAAGUUAUUAUUGCUGUUCUCCUUGGUGGCUUUUUAUACAAAUGAACAAUUUCGAGGAUUAAAUGGUUUUACGCAGCGA